AUGCAUGAUCCUACACUUCAUUGGAAGUUAAUUCAUCCAUUUAAAGGAGAGAGAUUUGAAAGUAUUGAGCAGUUUAAGGAUUCCAUUAUUAAGUAUGCAUUGGCAAAUGGGUAUCCACUAUAUUAUGAAGACAGUAAGAGUACACAUGUGCUUGUUAAAUGUGGGGUGAGAAAUGCUAAAGAAAAGGGAAUUGUUGUUGAGAAUCCAUGUCCUUUUAGGUUGUGGGCAUCAUGGAUUCAGGAUGAGUCAACUUUUGAAAUCAAGUCUUUGAGGACUAAGCAUACAUGUUCAAAAAAGCAACAUUUGAGUGGAAUUGUUACUGCAUGGUGGAUUGCAAGACAGUUUGGUGAUAAGAUCAGGAUGAGCAAGAAAAUAACCCUUUCAAAAUUAAGACAUAUGGUUAUGAGGCUAUACAAUGUGAGGGUGACACUCAGUCAGUGUAGUAAAGCAAGAGCAAAAGCAAUAUAUGAUAUGACCACAAUUCUCAACAAUCAUUAUGCUAGGAUAUGGGACUAUGCAGAGGCAAUAAACAAGACAAAUCUAGGAAGUACAGUAGAGGUAAAUGUUCAAUCUAACCCAGAUGGAACUACAACAAUUCAAAGGUUUAUAUGUGUUUCAAAGCUUGCAAGGAAGGGUACUGCACAAGGUGAGUUAUUGUCAGCAGUUGGUAGAGAUGCAAAUAACCAAGUUUUUCCCAUUGCAUGGGCUUUAGUGGAUGUUGAGACAAAAGAAAACUGGUUAUGGUUCUGCAGAUUGAUCCAGAAUGACCUUGGACUAGGAAAUGGUGAUGGGAUUGCAAUAAUUUCUUAUCAGCAUAAGGGUUUGAUUGAGGCAGUUGCUCAAGUUUUACCAAAUUGUGAACAUAGACAAUGUGCCAGGCAUGUAUAUGCAAAUUUUAGUAAGAAAUGGGCUGGGGUGUAUUUUAAGAAUUAUUUUUGGCAAGCUGCAAAAGCAUUUUAUGAACCAGGAUUGGAUUGUGAUUCUGUUGAGAAUGGCAUUUGUGAAUGUUGGAAUUCAAUGAUCAAAGAUUUCAGGAAGAUGCCAAUUAUUCAUAUGUUUGAAGAGAUAAGGAGGAAAGUGAUGACAAGACUUAAUGAUCAGAGACUUAAUGGGCAGUCAUGGACUGAUGAUAUCUGCCCCAAUUCUGCUUAUAAUUCUUUUUUGGGGAUUGGGAGUUGUAGAGCAUGGCAGUUGAGUGGAAUACUGUGUCUACAUGCGGUCAAGGCCAUAUAUGCUCAAUACAAAGAACCUGAACCAUUUGUUAGUGAUAGUUUAAGGAAAGACAAGUUCUUGGCUACUUACAUGUAUGAUAUAAGAACAGUGGGUGGUGAAUAUUUGUGGCCAAAGACAAAUAGGAUUCCACCAUUGGCACCACCUCUGAGAAGAAUGCCUGGAAGACCAACAGUGAAGAGAAAAAGGGAAAGCAAUGAGGAUGGACCUAUAAUGUCUACAAAGUCAAAAAAAUGUUCCAAUUGUUGUCAGUAUGGGCAUAAUGCAAGAAGCUGUUCAAAAGUCCCGUUGCCAAGACAACCAAAGAUACCCAAAAAGAGAGGUAGGCCAAAGAUAGAUGGUAGAAAUAGUGGUCCAAAUCAAGCUGGUGGCAGAGGUGAUGGUCCAAGUCAAGGGGCUGGUGGUAGAGGUGAUGGUGGCAGAAGUGGUGGUGGCAGAGGUGGUGGUGGCAGGGGUGGUGGUGCAAAGGCUGGUGGUCUAAGUGGUGAAGGUCAAAGUCAACCAAUGCCACAGUCUGCACCUGUUCAAGUUGGGGUUGAAGACCAAAAUAUUGAGGAAAAUGUCACUAAUCUUCAUGAAGAUGAACCCAUUCAACAAUCUGCACUUGUUGGAACCUCUCAAAGAAGAAUGAAAAUGAUACCAACAAGGAAACCAUUUGUUCCUCUAAGAAAGAAGUCAGAAAGGAUCAUAAAUAGGAAGCUUACAUUCAAAGUGGUAACCAAAGAUGGAGUUGGCAGUAGUUCUGACAAACCAUUAACUGUUGAAUAG